AUGCAGACACUAGUUGUGCUGAAUUCUGAUGUAGAUCAAUCUACUUUGAAGGAUCAUAACAUGGGUAAAAGGACUCCAAUUUGUGUUAUCCUGAGCUUGUUGGAAAGCUUAGAAAAUCUAGCUUCUUGUGGUAAAAUCUCUGAAAUGAUCCAUUGUGAUUCAAUUCCACUUGUGUAUCAAAACGGAGUAGUUAAUAAGAUUGAGCUUGCCAGUAGGGGCAUGGCCCUAGAUCUAUUACUUGGUCAGUUAUUGGUCUCUUGCUUGGGGACUUCUAUACUCAGUCAUUAUGGUAUAUAUAAUUGA